UUGUAGAAAUAGGCGGGGUUUAUGAAUUUGUGUCUGUGGUAACUACUGACGACCGACUCGAGUGGAUCCAAUGAUAUCACGCCGCGUUCUGGGCCCUAUGGCGAGAACAAGCAGGUGAUAACAAGGGAAAAAUCAAGAAAUCUUUAUUAGAGUGGCUACGAAGAGGUUUUCAGUUAAUAGAUCAAGCCAACAGUAAGAAGCAUCAUCUAAAAUAAUACGGUUAAGCUUGCUGCAAGUAAAGGCGUGCGCCUGCUGGAGUGGAGAAGGUCACCAUGAGGAGGAAGCUGACUUUAUGGGCUCCCCUCUGCCUUAUCUUGGCUCUGCUGCCUUCACAAACAGCCUCUGUUGCAGUCAUGUCAGUUGACCUGGGCAGUGAGUGGAUGAAAGUAGCGAUAGUAAAACCUGGCGUGCCAAUGGAGAUUGCUCUAAACAAGGAGUCCAGGAGGAAAACACCAAUAGCUGUGUGUUUAAAAGAAAACGAGAGACUUUUUGGAGACAGUGCAUUGGGAGUGUCUGUGAAAACCCCCAAAUUUGUCUAUAGGCAUCUUCAGAGCCUCCUUGGCAAGAUGCAUGACAACCCACAGGUGGCGGUCUAUCAGAAACGCUUCCCCGAGCACCAUCUGGUGACAGAUGAGAGUCGGGGCACAGUUCUCUUUAGCAACUCACAAGAAAUGCAGUACUCUCCAGAGGAGCUCCUGGGCAUGGUUUUGAACUAUUCACGUGGACUUGCUCAGGACUUUGCAGAGCAGCCCAUCAAAGAUGCAGUGAUCACUGUCCCGGCCUUUUUCAAUCAGGCAGAGCGCAGAGCAGUCCUGCAGGCCGCACAGAUGGCAGGUGUUAAAGUCCUUCAGCUCAUCAACGACAACACGGCGGUGGCGCUCAACUACGGCGUCUUCAGGAGAAAAGACAUCAACAGCACAGCUCAGAACAUAAUGUUCUAUGACAUGGGUUCAGGCAGCACAACGGCAACCAUCGUCACAUACCAGACGGUCAAAACCGAAGAGUUAGGUUCCCAGCCACAGCUCCAAAUACGAGGAGUGGGGUUUGACCGCUCUCUGGGGGGAUUUGAGAUGGAGCUGCGGCUGCAGAACCACCUGGCCAAGCUGUUCAACGAGCAGAAGAAGACCAAGAAGGACGUGAGGGAGAACCACCGUGCCAUGGCCAAGCUCCUCAAGGAGGCCCAGAGACUCAAGACUGUGCUGAGCGCUAACGCCGAAUUCAUGGCAGAGGUGGAAGGGCUUCUGGAUGACAUGGAUUUCAAGGCCAAGGUGACCCGUGUGGAGUUUGAGACCCUGUGCUCUGACCUUUUUGAGAGAGUGCCUGGCCCUGUACAGGAGGCCCUCGGCUCUGCAGAGAUGUCCCUGGAUGAGAUCGAGCAGGUGAUCCUUGUGGGUGGCUCCACCCGCGUGCCUAAGGUGCAAGAAGUGCUGCUCAAAGCCGUUGGGAAAGAGGAGCUGGGGAAGAACCUCAACGCAGAUGAGGCUGCAGCCAUGGGGGCUGUGUACCAGGCCGCUGCCCUCAGCAAGGCCUUCAAAGUCCAACCCUUCCUGGUUAGAGAGGCAACCGUUUUCCCCAUCCAGGUGGAGUUCACAAGGGAGGUGGAGGAGGAGGAUGGCUCCAGGAUCCUGAAGCACAACAAGCAUAUCCUGUUCCAGAGGAUGGCCACCUACCCCCAGAGCAAGGUCAUCACCUUCAACCACACUGACGACUUUGCCUUCUACGUCAACUACGGAGAUCUCAGUUUCCUGGGCCAGGAAGACCUCAGUGUCUUUGGCUCUCUCAACCUGACCACAGUGCAGCUGUCUGGGGUGGGCAGCAGCUUCCAGAAGCACACAGAUGCUGAGUACAAGGGCAUCAAGGCCAGCUUCAACAUGGACAAGAGUGGCGUGCUCCUCCUGGACCGGGUGGCGUCUGUCUUUGAGACCAUUGUGGAGGAGGAGGAGUCUACUCUGACAAAACUGGGAAAUACAAUUUCCAGCCUGUUUGGAGGGGGAUCCUCAGAACCCAACGCAAAUGUGACGGAACCAGUUCAGGAUGAGGAGAAGGUUCAUCCGGAGUCUGUGAAGGAGCAAGAGGAGGCUGCUCCCCAGGAAGAGAAGCAGGAGCCUGGGGAGAAACAGCAGCAGGAGGAGGUGGCCCCAACCCACGAGAAGACUGAGGGAGUAGACAGUAAGGCUGACCUUCAGGAUGAAAAGGAGGGAGCCAUAUCUGGAGAAGAGGAGAAAACGACAGAGGAAGCGGCAAAGACUGAGGCCAAGAAGAAAGCCAAGCCUCAGAAGAAAACCGAGUUCUCUGAGGAUGUCACAGUGGAGCUCCAAAUGAAUGACAUCCUUAAACCUAAUUUUGAAGCCAUCACCUCCUCAAACAAGAAGCUCCAAGACCUGACUGAUAGAGACCUGGAGAAACAGGAGAGGGAGAAGACACUGAACAGCCUCGAGGAAUUCCUUUUUGAUACCCAGGACAAAAUUUACCAGGAGGAGUACCAGGCAGUGGUGUUGGAGGAAGAGAAGGAAACCAUCCUGGCCAGACUGAGUAAAGUGUCGACCUGGAUGGACGAGGAUGGCUACUCUGCGUCCACCAAGGAGUUGCGGGAGAAGCUGCAGGAUCUCAGGAAGCUGUGCAAGGACAUGUUCUUCCGUGUGAAAGAGCGCAGGAAGUGGCCUGGCCACCUGGCCACCCUGGAGAGCAUGCUCAACAGCUCCAGCUUCUUCCUCAGGAGCUCCAAACUUGUACCAGAGGAUGACCGAAUCUUCACUGACGUGGAGCUGAAGAGGUUGGAAAAAGUCAUCAACGAGACCACUACGUGGAAGACCAACACAGUAGCUGAGCAGGAGAAGAGAUCUCCCACGGAGCGGCCUGUGCUGCUGUCCAAAGACAUAGAGUCCAAGUGGGCUUUGCUGGACAGCGAGGUCAACUACUUGCUGAACAAGGCCACCAAGCCCAAGGCAGCCAAGCCCAAGGCCGCCAAGCCCAAUAACAGCACCACAUCAGAGAGCAGCAGCAGCAAGGCCAACAGCAGCAAAAUUGAAGAGAAAGUCAUACUUCCCAAGGAGGAGACCAAAGACGAAGAGGGCACUGAGGAGGUGCAGCAAGAGGAACCUCCCAUCAAAGAGCCUACUGGACAGAACACAGACUCGUCCAGACAAUCACAGCCUACAGAUAAAACUGCAAGUACAGAACCAACAGAGAAAAACCAGUCAGAAAACCACAUAGGGGAUGAGUUAUAACAGCUGGAACUAAAGAGAUUUCAUUGUAUUUAUUGACGAUGUUUAAUUGUUUUCAAGUUUCCCACAUAUUUUGGGGGUUUUGUUUUUCCAGCCUUUUAUUUUGAAAACCAGAAAGUCAUUGGAUCAGCUCAGACUUCUUGAACUCUUAUUCCCACUACCUACCUACCUCUCGUUCUCACUUUCUGUUCACCUUCAUCCCCCUCGGCGGCUGAACAUCUUUCCCCUCUUACUGACAUGAGCAAGGAGCGCUGACGAAGCCUGGAGUAACCAGCGAAUGAACUGACAAGACUUGAAGUUUGUAUUCUACUGUCCUGCCCUACAGGUUUAGGCAUACUUUAGGCCACAUGCAAAUGACUACUUGGACAACUGUAUAUUUGCCCUGCAUAGAACAGAAAUAAGUGUUUUGUUUUGGUAGGACUAAUGAUAACAGGAUUCAAUGUUUCCUCCACUGGAACUCUGUUGAAUUGCAUCGUUUGUGAUUUGACCUUUCAAGCAGGCUUAUGUUUUCUCGUAGCUAAUCUUGCUUUCAUUUAUUUUUUUGUGGGUUCAUUGUGUGGUUGUUGAGAAAUAUAUCAAAGGGCUGGAGUUUAUGUAUGCUCCUUUUGGGAAAUGGAAUGGGCUUUAGUUGUAUUUGAAUAUUGAAUUCCUUUAAUACCUUGUAUUGUGGCUCAUAAUGCAUAAACAAUCCGUGAUGUGUGUAUACAAUGUUACAAAAAGGGAAUUGAUUUUUCAUCCAAAUAUUACUGAUGACCAGUCGUUAAAUGUGUUCAUAGGUGUAAAAUAUGUAUUUAUGCUUUUCAGAACCUUCUCGCCAUGGUCUUCUGACAAUUCAUCAGUGAAUUGGCUUGAGGGAAACAUUUUUACUGAAGUACAUCUAUCUUGAGUUCUUAUUUCUCUGUAAAUUGCACUCCAAUACAUAAAGUUAGGUCAACUUAAAUUACCAAGGUGUCAUUUCGGGCCUGCCAUGGGUUGUGUUCAGUAGGUGAAAAAAUAAAAUGGCAUUGAUUAUUGUUAUGUUUUGUUCCGCUGUGCCCUACUGAACACAACCCUGUUCUUUGUAUGGCUGCAAGUAUGAAUUUGAGGGCUGCUAAACUGUUGCACUGACUGAAGAAUAAGUAGAUAUUAUCCACGUCUCAAACUGCUUGAAUCUCUACCCGAGGAGUGUGGUUCCUGUUUUUUGCAUCACCUUAGAUGGUUUGAGAGGGGGAAUAAACAAACGGGAUUGGGGAAUACCAACGCUUUUGAUUCUGAACUGUUAAUUUAUAAAAAAUUACUAUUAUGGUGAACAGUGGAUUUUUUUUUUUUUUCAAUCCAUGUCUUUAAAAAUAAGAUGUGUAUUUGAAGACCCACUUUCAAAUGUGUAUUUGGAGACCCCUUGUAACUCUGGGCUAGGGUUGAUUCUGUAAAUCAAAUAAUCUAAGUAAUUGUUUCAUUGCGUUUUAAUUCCAGAUUGGCCUGUGUGAAUGUGUAAUUGACCAAUUUGAAGAGCAGCAGGACAGAUGAAGAGAAAGUUGACCGUUUCUAUUUUACUUGUAUAAAGGAUGUCAAGUGUUUGAGUGGUCAUUCACCGGUAUCUGUAAAGACUGGGACACUUAAGGAAAAGACAACUGUAUAACAUUUAAAUAUGAUUUGAUGGACUGAAUCAAAAAGGAGCCCUUGAAACCCUAAUACACAUUUGUAAUCAUUUUGAAUUGUGACAUUUGGUUAUAUUGUGAUUAUACUAGAUAUUGUAUAACAUUGAUUGAUACUUGUCCCUAAACAAAGAGAACCCUUAAUUCCAAUAACAAUACCAGACUUUCAUAGCUUAAAAUGAAAAAUAAACUAUUUAAACAUGCA